ACACAGAAUCCGAAGCAGGCUCCAGGCUCUGAGCAAACGGUCAGCACAGAGCCUGACAUGGGGCUCGAACCCAUGAACUGUGAGAUCAUGACCUGAGCUGAAGUUGGACGCUCAAGCAACUGAGCCACCCAGGCUCCCACAAAGCCAAAAUUUCUUUUAAGUGUUCUUUAAUUACUUUAUCCAUAAUAUUCCAUAACAUAUUUGUUUUCAUAUAAAAAUAAUAAUACAAAGUGCAGUGCUUAUCUUAUGUUACUCCACUACAGGAUAUACAUAUCCUGUUUUAAGAAGGCUGCUAUUAAGGAUCUUACUAUAUCCUUUUAGUUUCAUUCGUUUAUGCAAAACUAAGUGCCUUUUAUGUAUCAAGCCUAGAUCUGUUUGUUAAACGGUGAACAAAAUAGGCAAAAAUGUGUACUUUCAUGGAAAUUAUAUUGUUAUUGGAGGAAACAAAUUAAUGACUGCAUUGUAUUAUAGGUCAGUGAUAAAUGCUCCUAAGGAAAAUAAAUACGGGGAGGUUAUAUAGAAGAGUGUGUGGGCAUAUGCCUGUUCUUUAGGGGCGACUCUGCUUUUGAAUAGUUGUCAGGAAAGCCCUUACUGGGAAAGUAACAUUUAAGACCUGAAAGGAGUAAGGGAGUGAGACUAUGUUUAGAUAAUUAAUGUACCAAUUCCUUCUUGAAAAAGCAUUUCAUUUUGAGUAAUGUCUCACUUUAGUGCUUUUAGCUAGUUAGUAUACUAUUAUAACUCAUCUUGCACUACUUUGAAUAAUUUGUAGGUGAUUCUAAAUUUAGUGUUUGAUAAGUUCACAAACAUUUCUAUCUAUUUGACUGUGGUUAGGGAAAGUUGCAUUUUCAGUGUCUUUAAUUCUGCCAAGUAGUCUGACAUUCCAAAUUCACUCUGGUUCUUACUUACCAAACUGUCUGGAUGAUAAGAAGUAGGAUCUUUAUAGACUGAGAGAAGUAGAAAUUGCAUAGAUAAGGAAGUUAAUACCUACCUUUUUAUUGAUUAAAUGAGCGUUGUGUGGUAAAGUUUUGAUGAAGGGAACUACUUUGUUAAGUCUUUUGUUUCUUGAAUCAUAACAUUAUCAAUAAAAAGCUCUUUAAUGUGGAUUUAAUUAUUUUAGGAUUUAUUGCCUUUGCAGUUGAUACAGGGUUAAAAUUUACUCUUGCUUACACUAAGGAUUUUUUCCAUAGGUAAUACAAAUCCAUAGCACAGAUUUGUUUGCAGGAUAAUAGUCAAGAUAUUUAGGAAAAAUAUCUUUUAAGUCCUUGAGAAUCCCAUUUAUAUGUAAGUGAUAUGCUGAUUAUAUAUCAGGUUUACUACUCAAUAAAGCUAAAAUCCCAAAGACUUCUACUUAUUCAAUACUUCUUCAUUAUCUUGGUUUGAGAGGAUGUGACUAAAGAAAUAUAAAAUUUAAUUUCAUUGAAAUCUAAUAGUUUUCAUGGUAAGUUAGUCUGAUACUCACUGUAAUUCUUUGUCAUGUUGCUAUUAUAGCAGAUAUUAAUCAUUCACAGGCAUGAUUUCUAGGGAUUCUCAGGGUUGUUUACACAAACCCUUCACUAUUCUGAUGUAAUUUUAAGUUAUUAAAUUAAUUAGCUGGAACAGUGGUUAGCCUGCCCCACCCCUACCACAGACCUGUGAUAACUAGUGCACAAACUUCAUUUAUCCUAAAAAUUGCUGACUUGAAUCACAAUGAUCUGGCUCCCUACACUGCACAGCAUUGGAACUGAAUGUGAAUCUUAGAUUAUAGAGAAUUUUCUAUACUUCAAAAAUUGUGGUCAGGGAGCCUGUGGAGCAAAUAGGAACAGUAUGCACAACUUUGUUUUUUGGUUGUAUAACUCUUUAAGAAUUUCCAGCCUGAAAAUAGAAACUCUAGUGCCUAAUUAUCUAGUUUGUUAUCUGGAGAGCCCUUGUUAAAAUAUUGCCCACAGUCCCACUAUUUCAGUAUUUCUAGGGAUGAGUGGGGGUUUGCACACAGCUGCUGGUAGCCCCUUCAGCUUGGAUCCUCUGCCAGAAAUAAGCCCAAGGGACUAGGUGGCCUGAAUAAAGGCUUCGGGUCCUUUAAAUGGCCAAGGAAUAAGAAGUUAAGCUAGAGAGAAUGGAUUUAUUUCCCCCUGUCAUAAUGGUUAGUGACAACACAGACAAUAUUUCUAGAACAGGCUCUUCAUGGUUUUAGGUUUCUUUGGUAUUUAGAGAUAGGAGAAGGCAAUUGAAGUAGUGCCUUGUGUGCUAUUUAUUUUGUUAGGCUAUUAGCUUCUUGAGGUUAGGGAUAAUGCUUUCCUUUACCUGACAGUUCAAAUGCUCUGAAUGAUGCCAUUGUUCAAUAUGACCAAGCAAAGUAUAAAAUAUAAAGAUACAUAGUAAUUCAUGGAAUCAAAGUUGUACGGUUUCUGUAUUUUAAGAUCUUGAAAAUUGGAUGGUGAGCUUUUUUAAAAUAAUUUUUAAUAAUUUAACAUCUUUUUAAAAAUAAUUUAGCAUCUUAGAACAUAUGAACAGUGAUAUAUAAAAAUCAUCUUAAAUUUUUAUCAAUUGAAGAACUGACAUUAGUAAGUUUUGAAGAAGACAAAAAUAUCAGGUCAGAGGACCUGAAAACCACAUAUAUGUUUAAGUUUCUGAAUUGAAUGGUGAACUAAUCAUGGACUGUCUAUGUGCUAAUAAAAACCUGGCAUAAAUCAUGUGUGUCAUUUGUAUGAGAAGUCCCUUUUAUUUGCAGCAAUAAAAUAAUUACAGACAAUGUGCCUUCCAGAAUGUGGGAAGCUGCAAAGCCAGAAGUAGUUGCACAAGUUGACACAGUUGGAAUUCCUCCGCUCUGGUGGCUAAAUAUGUCUUAGCUGUUUAGAAUCACAGCAGGCAGUUGCUGACUGUACAGAUCAUUGAUGUGUAUGCAUGCUGGUAACUCAAACAGCAUGGCAGUUAUGUGAAUGAGUUUUCUUUUGAAAUAAAAGAUUUGAGAUUCAUCUUUAUGCUUUCUGAUGAACAUAAUCACAUAAAAUAAAACAAUAUUUUAAACAUGAUGUGUAUGUUCCUCAAACCACUUAGGCAUUUUUAUAAUGACCAUUCCAUGUAAAUAACAUGUACACCAGCAGUUAAAAUAGUUACCUAAUGGAGAUAUGGUAGAAGGAUGAGGGAUUUUUUUAAGUGAGAAAAUAAGGAAAAUUGUAAAUGAUCCUGUUUUAAAACAAUUGUUUACUAUUGAGUUAUGCCUUGUAUGGUAGAAUUAUAGGUGUAAGAGGAAUGUUUAUUUAAGCAGUAUAGAAAGAAGUUUGGCCUGUACAAAUUCCAGCCCUCAUUCUAUUGCUUGGGUAAGUCACUUAACUUUGGGCCUUAGUUUCCUCAUCUGCUAAAUAGAGAUAAUUACUCAGUCUGUUUCCACAGUAGGGUUCUAGUGAGAUAAGGGGGUAUACAUAUGAUUUGAAAAAUCUCAUCAUGUGUAUCGAAGGUGGUAAAUGACUGUAGUAAAUCAGUUUAUUAAAAACAGAAUACUUGGAAUUUAGAAUAAAACAGUAAAAUAGUGUAUCCUAUAAAAAUGGUCUCUUGUAAUACCUUAAAGAUGGGGUAAGUGGGGGAUUGGCUUUAAAGGUGCACAAUGGAGUCUAAUAUGUUAAAAUGUAGUUUUCUUGAAAUAGUCUGAAAAAAUAGCUUUAGAGUUUCAAAAUGGGUUAAGAUAGCAGAAAAGUGGUCUGUAAAUAUGUAGGAUAACAAGUCUAUUGAAAGCAACUUACAAAAACAUUGUGGACAUGGAAAAUAAUGAUCUUUGUGCCUUUAAUUUCUUGGCAGCCCAAGUUCCACCCUGUUUUACAGAGUCGUUCUUUUCUAUUUCUUUUUGGAAGAACCAGCCAUGAUGCCAGCAUACUUACACAUCUCGUCUAAGACAGAGGCUUAUGUAUUUGCCUUUCAAUUACUAUUCAUAAUAAAAUAUUUCUAGUCUUUAAGAGGAUGUUAGUCAUAUAACUAUAGGAAAAAUUUCUUUUGCCAUAACUGUAUUGUUCAUUUAUAGCCAUGAUACUACAUAUUAUACACUUUUGUUUAACCAAAGAAAAUCAAUAAAAAUACAGUAGUGAAAAACCCAAAUACGCUGUCACAAACAUAGCUAGCCAUUUAUGCUAUGCACACAUUUUAAACUUGUUACUCAAUUUCAGUUGUGAAAAGUUGUCAAAAUUUUUAGAGGUUCAUGUACAUUAGCUUGUUUCUUCACUUGGUCAAACACAGUUCAUUAUUCAGUCCAGGAAUGCUUUUCUUAAGGAAUGCUGGAAUGUGCAGAAGUUUAUUAACCACUGAGACAAUAAUUUGAAGUUUUAAUAAUCUGUCGUUGGAGUCAAUAUAAGUGUUCUUAUAACUUUCAUUAAUGUGUAUGGUGCUAAACAGCUGAUGGGAAAAUGCACUUAAGUAAAUUGUAAAUUCACCUUUUGGAACAGAGACAAUUUGACUAAUGAUGUUUGUUGUCACUUUAGUAUUUUCUUGGUCAGCAGGUACUUGGGCUACAUUAAAUUUGCUGCUAUCGGGUAAUAGUGCAUUAUCUUAAAUCCUGAGAGGUGAGCUUAAUGUAGGUUUAGUACCCAAGACCCAACUAUAGCAUGUCAUUGGUUUCCUCCUGAAAAAUUAGCUUUCAUAAUUGUAACUACUAUUAUCAAGCUCUUACUGUGUGCUAUGCUGAGCCCUUUGCAUGUAUGUCAUUAUGAAGUAGGGUAUAUUAUUAUCUUCAUUUUGCAGGUAGGUAAAUUGAAACUUGAAGAGCUUAAGUACCCUCUCAACAAAACAAAACUGAGAGUUCAGCUAGUAGGCUGCCUGACAUCAAAAUCUUGCUCUUGAUAUUUUAAUAGGACUUCUUUGUAUUAGAAAAUGAUAUAAGGAAAUAAGAAUCUGUGCUAGCUUUCUCUAAUGAUUUAAGUUUAUGGAACUUUUAAUUUUUUUUAACUGAAUAUUCUCCUCAUCAAGCUUGAUUAGACCACCAGAAUCAUUUUUAGAGUUGGAUUUCUAAGACAAGGGUGAGAUUUUAGUUAGUACCUAAAAUAUCUGGACUGGUUUUAUCAGUUUCCACUGCUUUGCUUUUUGCCCAGCUUGCCAAAAGAUCUUAAAUGAAAGAAUCUUGUAUCUGUUCUCUGUGGCUUCUCAGAUUUCUUGUACUUGAUUUGAUGUUCAGAUCAUUAGGUAUGUUGUUUUGCUGGGGCUCUGGUUUUUCUUUGUUCCUCCUAGCACCUUUUAUAGCUAGAGGCAAGUCUGUGACUAAAUCAUUUCUUAUCUGGAAUUGAUUUUUGCCAGUCCUGGAAAAGCCUUAGUUUACCUUUCCUAAAUCCUUUGAAUUCAUGCAUUGUAAUGUGUUUAUUGUUAACUUCCUAUUUUCAAGACUCUGUGCUGGUUGCAGUAAAAACUAGAGAGAUUCUCUGCCCUCCACAGGCUUGCUGUUUGGUGAAGGUUAUGGGACUUGAACACAAAUAUGUAAUAAUAAUAGAAUGUAAACUUGUACAGUAUAUCAGUAGACAUCAAAAAGGCAGUAUAUGACAGUAAUGUAAUACUUCUCAAAAUUUUCUACUAGAGGAGGGGAAAAUAUACCCUCAGUCUGAGGACAUGGCCUGAACUGGCUGCCUUGAUGGAACUAACAAAAUAUAAGUUAAUUCACAUGACUCUUGGUUUACUCACAAUAUGUACUUUCAAAAAUAUGUGAAAGAGGAUAAAACUAAUGAGGUUCUAUCUCCCCAGUUUUCUAGUAAAAGUUACAACACCAAGAACAUAACACUAAAAUUAUCCAUGGCUUUGUGAACUCUUGACAUACUAUUGUGUAUGAUAAGGCAUGUCAGUAUUUGAUAUCUGUAAACCAGCAGAUGUGUUGCUAUGACUGGAUUAUUUAGAGUGGCUUUUAGAUUAAUCUGGAGAGGUGGGUCUUAAAGUUGCUUCAAAAAGACUGAAGGGAGCUACAUGCUUCAUCUUCAAGUAUAGCCAGAUGUUCUUUGAGGUAUGAUGAAGCUUCACAGCAGAGCUGUGAGUACCUCUGUAUUUGAAGACAUUUGAAGGUCAUUAACAGAAAGCAAAGGAAUAUUUCCAACAUGGGGAAUGACUUCAUAGAUGUUGAGAGAACUAAAGUUUAGAGUGGUUUGUUUGGCCAAGGCAUAUUUGAGGAUGUAAAGAAGUUUGAGAAAAAAGAUGUCCUGAAAAACCUAAUAGAAAGAUGAUAUGCUUGAAUUUCAUAGUAGGUAACAACUCAUGUGGUGCUUUAAGAAGGUAAUUUAACUAGUCCAAUUUUAUCACAAAUAUGUUUGGUAUAUAAUAUCAAGAAGGUGCUGAUUGAAAGAGUAGGCUUUAAGAAUUAGCAAUAGGCUGCUGUGUGACAUGAAAGGUAAGGUAACACUAAAUACUCUUCCUGAGUCAUUAUCUUUGAUAGAUAGGAUACUUCAGGUAGUCAAAAGAAAAGUGGGCUGGAGGUGAGGGUAGAACACUAAAACACUUCACUGUUACUGUAUCUGUAAGAGUGUAAGUUGUAGGUGCUUGGCAAGUAGUAGGAAAUGAGUGAUUGGACUAGGGAGAGGUAUGGGUGGGAUAGUAGACCAGGAAAAUGUGCCAGGACAUCCUGUGUUGCUGGGAAGCUUAGGAAACCUGCAAAGUUCUCCAGGUCAGUGUUUUUUACCUAAAUCAAAAAAAGGCGGGGGAUAUUUUAUUCAAUUUUGCUUGGAAGUGCAGCAUUCAGAGUUAAACCCCCACUUUGGAGUUUCCUGCAUAUAAAUAUACAGUAGUUAAAAAAAAUUUUUUUUAACAUAUUCAUUUUUGAGACAGAGACUGAGCAUGAGUGGGGGAGGGGCAGAGAGAGAGGGAGAUACAGAAUCUGAAGCAGGCUCCAGGCUCUGAGCUGUUCAGAGGCUUGAACCCACAAACCAUGCCAUCAUGAACUGAGCCGAAGUCGGCUGCUUAAAGCAACUGAGCCACCCAGGUGCCCCAAUGUACAGUACUUUUUGAAAGAAAACAAGUUUUGGGGUAAAACAAGGUGACUGAGGACUAAUCAUACUAAAGGAAAGUGUGAGUGUGAGGAAGAGAAAAGUCAAAGGCAGCAAAGGAAUGCUUAUUGAGGAACGGAGAGAAUCCUGAGAAACUACAGUGUGCCAUUGUUUCCUUACCCUUCCUUUUUCAAGUUUUUCCCCCAGGGUAGAAAGAUGGGUGGUUUACUUCAUACUUUGAACUUUCUAUUUUUAACUUUACUUAUAGUAGCAGUGAAGCCUUUGUGGGUUUUCAUUUUUAAUUUUCAUGGAAUUUGUAGCUUUAUUGAAACUGUGGAUAAAAUCUGCCCAACUGUUGGUUCCUGUUUGUUUUUAGGUUGGAAUCUUAUGGAGCUACUUGCCAGACACAUAUCACUUAUGGGAUUACAAACUGGUCUUAGAGGUCAGCACCACUAUUUUUUUUCACUGAAGCUGUCCUGAAGAUAGUAAUUUAAUUCACAGACUAAAUGUGUUAUGCUUACAAUGAAAAUAUUUCAUAUUCUGCAUUUGCCGUCUUAGUAAAUAGUGGUUUAAUAGUUAACAUUUGUUGAGAACCAGUAUUUCAAGUUUGUUCUGUUCUGUACCAGACACUGUGCUAAGCUAGUUUUGUGUAAUAUUCAUGACAGUCUCGCAAGGGUUUACUAUCUUUUUUUUUGUACAUGUAGAACCUGAGAUUCAGGGAAGCUAAGUGCUUGCUCUAAGACACAUUGCAUGCAGUACGUGGAGGUCCCAGGAUUGGUGACCAUAUCUGUUCCACUCAUGUGCACACUUAAUUCAUGAAAUCAUGAAAGAAUGAUUGAUUCUAAUGAAGGACUUCUUCCCAGAUCUGAGCAAUAUUCAUCACAUAAGACUUUAUCACUGAAAACAGAUGCUUUGACUUAUACUGCCUACCACAAAGGUACAUUUAUCCAAAACAGGAUCCAGAAAUAAUACCCUGAACACACAUAUAGCAUAAAAAUGAAUGAAGAUAUCUAAAGCUAGGCCAACUUUACAGUGCCAAAGCAAUGUUGUUCCAUUCGCAAAUACAGCAAGUUAAUUUAGUGGCCGAGAGUAGUCUGUUCUUUUUGCAUUUCCAGAGGGAUGAAGAACGGCAUCAGUGCCCCAUUGCCCUCUGUGAUUUUUGUCUUCGGUGACCUCCUGUGAACAUGGCUAUUGCUACAUGCAACAGCGUUUCUCAAGGCCUGCAAGGAAAGAAAAUUGCUUGAUCCCAUUACUAUCUGUCUAUGGCAGUACAGAAAUUUUCCCAGUCACUGCAAGAUUUCCAAUUUGAAUGUAUUGGUGAUGCUGAAACAGAUGAUGAAAUUAGUAUUGCUCAGUCACUAAAGGAAUUUGCAAGACUACUCAUUGCAGUAGAAGAAGAAAGGAGGAGACUGAUUCAAAAUGCUAAUGAUGUAUUAAUUGCUCCACUUGAGAAAUUUCGCAAAGAACAGAUAGGUGCAGCAAAAGAUGGAAAGAAGAAGUUUGAUAAGGAAAGUGAAAAGUACUAUUCUAUUCUUGAGAAACAUUUAAAUUUGUCUGCAAAGAAAAAGGAAUCUCAUUUGCAAGAGGCAGAUACACUGAUUGACCGAGAGCAUCAAAAUUUUUAUGAAGCAUCACUAGAAUAUGUCUUUAAAAUUCAAGAGGUUCAAGAAAAAAAGAAGUUUGAAUUUGUUGAACCGCUUUUGUCAUUCUUGCAGGGUUUAUUUACUUUUUACCACGAGGGAUACGAACUCGCCCAAGAAUUUGCACCAUAUAAGCAACAGCUUCAGUUCAACUUGCAGAACACAAGGAAUAAUUUUGAAAGUACUCGACAAGAAGUAGAGCGGUUGAUGCAAAGAAUGAAAUCUGCCAACCAAGAUUACAGACCACCCAGCCAGUGGACAAUGGAAGGCUAUCUUUAUGUCCAGGAGAAACGGCCGCUUGGUUUUACAUGGAUUAAACAUUAUUGUACAUAUGAUAAGGGAAGUAAAACAUUUACAAUGAGUGUUUCAGAAAUGAAAUCCAGUGGGAAAAUGAAUGGCCUUGUUACUGGUUCACCAGAAAUGUUUAAAUUGAAAUCUUGUAUCCGACGGAAGACAGAUUCAAUUGACAAACGAUUCUGCUUUGACAUAGAAGUAGUUGAAAGGCAUGGAAUCAUCACAUUACAGGCAUUCUCAGAAGCUAAUCGGAAACUCUGGCUCGAAGCCAUGGAUGGGAAAGAACCAAUUUACACCCUGCCUGCCAUUAUUAGCAAGAAAGAAGAAAUGUAUUUAAAUGAAGCAGGGUUCAAUUUUGUGAGAAAAUGCAUUCAAGCUGUGGAAACAAGAGGCAUCACUAUUUUAGGCCUCUACCGAAUAGGAGGAGUGAACUCCAAAGUUCAGAAACUCAUGAACACAACAUUUUCUCCAAAAUCCCCUCCUGAUAUUGACAUUGAUAUUGAAUUGUGGGAUAAUAAGACAAUAACAAGUGGGCUGAAAAACUACCUCAGGUGCCUUGCAGAACCACUGAUGACUUACAAGUUACACAAAGAUUUUAUUGUUGCAGUUAAAUCUGAUGACCAAAACUACCGGGUGGAGGCUGUACAUGCAUUGGUGCACAAAUUGCCAGAAAAAAACAGAGAGAUGCUGGACAUCUUAAUAAAGCACCUUGUCAAAGUAUCACUACACAGCCAACAAAAUCUCAUGACUGUCUCAAACCUUGGUGUCAUAUUUGGCCCAACUCUAAUGCGAGCACAAGAAGAAACUGUGGCUGCCAUGAUGAAUAUUAAAUUUCAGAAUAUUGUGGUUGAAAUUCUGAUAGAGCACUAUGAAAAGAUUUUCCAUACUGCCCCAGACCCAAGCAUUCCUCUUCCUCAGCCUCAGUCUCGAUCUGGAUCCCGAAGGACAAGAGCAAUCUGCCUUUCCACAGGUUCCAGGAAGCCCAGAGGAAGGUAUACACCGUGCUUGGCAGAACCUGACAGUGACUCUUACAGCAGCAGCCCAGACAGUACGCCUAUGGGAAGCAUCGAGUCCCUCUCCUCUCAUUCCUCUGAACAAAACAGCACAACCAAGUCUGCUUCCUGCCAGGCCAGGGAGAAAUCUGGAGGAAUUCCUUGGAUUGUAUCCCCAUCACCCUCCAAUGGACAGAAAAGUCUUGGACUCUGGACAACUAGUCCUGAAUCAAGUUCUAAAGAGGAUGCUACCAAAACAGAUGCAGAAUCAGAUUGCCAGAGUGUUGCCUCAGUCACCAGCCCCGGGGAUGGUUCCCCACCCAUAGACCUGGUCAAGAAAGGGCCUUAUGGGCUUUCAGGACUGAAAAGAACCUCCGCUUCCUCUCUCAGAUCCAUCUCUGCAGCUGAAGGAAACAAGAGCUACUGUGGAUCCAUUCAAAGCUUAACUUCUGUAGGUUCCAAAGAGAUGCCCAAAGCCCCACCAAACCCAGACCUGCCUCCAAAAAUGUGCAGGAGGUUAAGGCUAGACACUGCCUCAAGCAAUGGCUACCAGCGACCUGGCUCUGUUGUGGCAGCAAAAGCCCAACUGUUUGAAAAUGUUGGUUCACUUAAACUGGAUUCUUCUGGGCGCCAAGCCAAAGCCAUGUACUCUUGUAAAGCAGAGCACAGCCAUGAACUUUCUUUCCCACAGGGGGCAAUAUUUUCUAAUGUAUACCCAUCAGUGGAACCAGGAUGGUUGAAGGCAACUUACGAAGGCAAAACAGGACUAGUUCCAGAAAAUUAUGUUGUCUUCCUCUAAUACUGUUUAGUGGAUGGCAGUAUCUUCAUGGUAUCCAUGGUAACAAUAAUAAGUGCUAUGAUUUUAUCUGACACAGAUAUGGGAAUCAGCCCACUAAAUGAAACGUAAAUUUCUAUCAAGUUCUACACCAGCAGACCAUGUAGCUCCCUAUAAAUGAAAAAGAAAAAAAAUGCAUAAAUUGUUAGCCAUGCCAUUCUUUUAAUUUUUACUUCUUGACUGGUUUCUUAUUUUAAAAUCUUGCCCCCACCCUUGUUUUUGAUAACUAACUCUGCACAUUGUCUUUUCCAUAACAAUUGUAGAAUACUGUGUUAAGUACUAUAUCCCAGAAAUUUGGAAACUAGAAAUUUGCUGUAAGGAUUUUCAGAUAAGUCCUUUACUGUCUGGAAUUCUCUGAGGAACCUUGAAAUCAUUACUUAAAAUGUAAUUUAAAUUGUUCAUUCAUUAUUUUUUCUUACGAAUUUCUUUCUUUUCUAUGUCAUUGUUUUGCUGGUCCUAAACAUUUCAAGGAGAUAAGUUGUUGUUGUUGUUUUUAACAUUAAGUUUAUUUUUAUUUGUUUACCAAGUAGAUGAUGAUAUUCAAAAGGAAUAAUGUAAAUGAUGUCUAUAAGUGAAACCAAGUUAAGUCAUACACUGAUUUAAUAUAAACACUCCAUUCAGCAUUCCAGAUGCCUUCUAUGGGUAUAGAGUGGGGAUUAGCAAACUAUUGUCAAGACCUGAUAGUAAAUAUUUGGGGGUUUUGUAUACCCUAAAGGUCUUUACUACAGUACUCAACUGCCAUUGUAGCAGAAAGCACUCAUAGAUAAUGAAUAAGCAAAUGAAUAAGGCUUAGUGCCAAUACAACUUUAUUUAUGGACUCUACAGUUUGAAAAUUUUCGAAAUUCUCAUUCUUAAAAUCCAUUGAAAAAUAGAAAUAUUUUAGCUGUUGGGCCAUGUAAAACUAGUGGCGGGCCAGAUUUGACUCAU